UGUGUACUCAUUUAUCUAGGGCACUCGGGAUCUGUCAACUCAGUACGCUUUCGUGAGACUGAUGGUCUGAUGUUGACUUCGGCUGGAGACGGAACAGCCCAUCUCAUUCGCCUGCCUUACGACCUUCUUGAACUAGGCACUGUCGCUUCAAUGGAGGCUGCCACCAGCGCCCUGAACGUCGGAGUUGCUGGCGCCCCUUCCCUUUCAGCAUGUGUUGUCAACUUGACUGCCAACAGAUUUUCCCUAAAAGAGGACAUCCAUUAG